GUGAAAUGGACUCUAGCUCAAGAUCUCAGAUAUUCUCGGUUUCUUCCGAUAAAGGAUCCAGCAACAAUAACAAUUCCAAUGAUAACAACUCAGAUUCUUCAUAUGUUCUUGACAGUCAUAAUGGGAUAGAAGGAAAUCAGUCAGUUACUGGUGAAGACUUAUCUGUGGCACAGUAUCAAGAUGACAUUGAGAAGUCUGUUCACCUUAAUCAAGAUGGCAGUGUCACAGUGGAAAUGAAAGUUCGAUUCAAAAUUAAAGAGCAAGAAACCAUUAAAUGGACAACCACUGUAAGUCGUGCUGGCCUUUCUGAUGACAAAAAUAUCUCAAUUUGCAAUUCUGCAAUGAAUGCGGAAGACUGUUUAUCCAAUGUCAACACAUCAGAAUGUAUAAAUCCACAAGAUACUCCGUUUUUGAACAGCUACAAUAAAGAAGAGGAAGACUCAUUACAGCAAUCCAAUGCAGAAGUGUCAGACAAAGAAUCAGACUCUGAUUUAAAAACUGCUGAUUGUAAUGUCUCUGAUCAGAACAAUUCUGCAGAUCUAGACACAAGCAAUGUAUCUGAGGAAAAUAUCAGGCCUCGCUUUUACAGGCCUCCCACCCCUGGGCCAAGGCGUGUUAGACAAAAGAAAGCAGUAGUUGAAAGUGUCACCUUGGUAUCUGAGAAAGAGGUUCAAGAGAAGACAAUAGGACAGUUUUCGUACAGUGAAGAAAUAGAGAAUGGAGAAAAAACAUCUGAGUAUUGCAUGGUAGCUCAUUCAAGCAGAAAAAAAUCAAGUGUCAGUAAUCCAAAGUUUAGUGACAUGAAUGGCAAUGGUUUAUUAAAGCUUUCUUCAGAGAAUAUAAAAGAAGAAAUGCUUUUUAAAAUAAGCCAUAAAAGCAGUGAUUUAAUAGAAACCACAAAUAGGAAGACAUUAGAAGUGCCUGAUGAGGAGGAAUUGGUACAGAAUAUAUUGGAGAAAUCAGUUGUGGGACAAGGUGCAUAUAGUAGCUUAGUAUCAACCUCCAAAGCUAACAUCAGUGGUUUCAUACCAGCAUCAAAAAUUUGCCAGACAGCUAGACCAGGUUCAGCAGAUCACAUCCCUAAGUCAUGUGAUAUUAAACAAAUAAAAAGAUCACUGAGUUCUUUCAUUACAUAUUCAGAAUUACGUCAGUCAAAAGAAGAAAAAAACUGCAAAGCUGCUGAUUUUAUACCUAUUUCUCAAGAUUCAGUGCAUUCAGCCUGUCCUGGACAUAGCCAGAUGAAGGUGACAGUACCUCCAUGUAAUAAGGGUCCUACUGAGAAAAUAAAUCCUACAACUGAAUUCUUUCCUACUGUUACUGAAAGUGAGAAUCAAAUCAGUGUCCGGACUGAAUCUGUGAUGACAACACAGCUCGUUGAUAACAGCCAAUCUGCAUCAUCCCUCACUAAAAAGAAGAAGAAGAGAAAAUCAUCUGGUUUUUUAGAGCAAGGUACAUAUGAAAAUCAAAAAGAUCAAGAAAUUUCAGGGAUAACUAGAAGUGAGGGAAUGCAUAUCACAAGAAAAACCACACAGGAUUCCGCAACAGAGGCUAUGGAUAAUUAUUCUGAAAUGCCUCAGAAAAAAGAAUCUGAAUUUUUACUGAAAACCAAUGAUGGAUCUCUCAAUUCAGACAAAAACAUAUGUCCUGAAGAUGAGUUGUAUCAUCAGCAUCCAGUGGAACAAAAUGGAUCAUCAUCAAAUAAAAAAAAAAGAAGUAAUAACAAGAAGUUGGCCAAGGUAAAAUCGAAGUCAGGCAAAAAAAGUAGUAUCAUUUCGUCUGAAAAGAGUGAAGAUGGUCUAAUGACAGUUAAUUCAAACAAUGAAUCUGAACACAGUCAGGACACAUUGAAUACUGAGAAAGAAGGAACAUAUCUUAUAACCAAAUCUUUCAAACAGACACCUAACACAUUAGUGACUUUAAAACCAUUGUCAGAAGUGCCAAAGAAUCUUAGCUUUGAAAAAGAAAAGGAAAAGAAUAAUUCAGAAAAUUUGCCAUCGAAGAAAGAGAAAAAGCAAAAGGCAACCAAGAAAAAUCUAAGUAAAAGUGCAAAGAAGUUAUAUAUGUCAGAGAGUGCCAUUACACUAGAGGACAGUUUUCAAGAGGAGGCUGGUGAACAUUCACUAGAAAACUAUGUCCAAUCUUGGCUGAAAAAAUCAUUAUCAAAUCCUGUCUUACCCCCUAUAAAGAAAAAAGAAGGGAUCGUUGAGAAUAGCAAUGCGUGUUUUUUUCCUGAAGAAAAUAUCAAUACUUCUAUAGAUAAAGAAACAAGAUUUAUCACAAAUGAAGUGCAUAUGACUGGAAAAAACCAUCUGAUUGAACAUAACCUAACCAAAAAAACUUUAAAGCCUAUUGGUGAAUUGAGAACUUCAGAAGAAUCAGCAAAGAAUUCAGGCGAAACACAAACUGCGUCUUUAAUUCAUGCUAAUACAACUAUAGUAGAAGCAGCCGAGUACUCACUAAAGUCAGAAUUUCAUCAGGACAGUAAGCUACACUUGUUUCAUGAAACACACGACAAUGAUGAAAAGAUGGCAGAAGCUGAUAUUCAAGAUACCAACCUAUGUCAAAGAAAAAAAUCUGAAGUUGCUGUUCAAGUUAAUAGCACAAUUGUUAAUGAGAAAAUUGGAACUGAUGUCCAGAAUAAUUGCAUGUCUAGCAUGUUGCUGAAUGAACUACAGUCAACUUUACUUGGUGUCCAGAAAGAGCAUAGUGGAUGUAUAGGAAAAGCUUGCAGCCUUUCAAGUCUUUCUCCUUCAGGUUUUGGUUCUUCCUCCAACAUGCUCCUAGCUUGGCUACUGGUACUGAAUCUGAGAGAGAGUUUGAUUGGGACAAUCACAGAUGAUAUGCAAAAAACUGCCUGUAGCUGUUCUGAAAUGUUUACACAGUUACAACAUCUGAAACAAACUACAGUUACAGAAAAAGCUGAUGAGCUGAAGGCUGUCUUCUCGCAUUUUCAACAAUCAACAGAAAAUAAGUUAUUACACUUCAAGAGGGAACUUGACAAGGAGGACUCCCCACAUUACCAUGAGAAUAUACCCAUAUCUGAAAUUCAUAGUUGUAUACAUUUGCAUGAACAUGAAGAAUCAGUUGAGCCUUGUGUUCCAAUGGACAGUGUCAAUUCUGGAGAAGCUCUAAAAUUAUCUGGGGAAUUAGAAAGCUGUUUUGAUAUACAGAAUGAUCUUUGCAGAGAAACAGAGAUCUUAGACUUGACUGCUUCCAAAACACAGCUAGAUGGUCAAUAUUCCAAUCCUGAUUCAAAUACCUGUAGCCUUGCAUCAGCUUUAGAGACUCCUGAAAGAAAUGAAGAAAUGCUGUAUAGCCUAUAUGAAAAACCACAAGUUAAACCCACUGAUGCAUCAUUUACUAAUGAAGAGUCAGAAACUUCAGUAGAACCUAACUCGACAGUUCAUAGUGUAACUUCUAAUGAUAAAAAUUAUAUUUUAGAUCAGGAUAUUUCUGAAUUAGAAGGUGAAAAAGAUAUUCUACAUGUUACUACUGAUAAAAGUGAAGAUGAGGAUGUUGAUCUGAAGUCAUCAGGUGAUGACAAAACCUCCAAAAAACAACUUAAACUUGCAGCCGAUACCUCCGUAGAAUAUAAUAAUGAGGAUUAUUCUGUACAGGAUGAAAAGGAAGAUGCAGAAACUUCUGAGGAAAGCUCUGAGAGAUUAUCUACAGUCUCUCCAUUAUCAUUUCGUUAUGAAUCAAAGCAAAUUACAGAAUGUGACACGAGCGAAGGAGAACAGAAAUUGCAAGUAGAAGAACUGGGGAACAAAAUGUGUUCAGACACUUCUCAAUUAAAAAAAUGCUUUAAAAGUCCUGCUACGUCAGACUGGUCAGAUUACAGACCAGAUACUGAAGAGAGUGAAUAUAACUGUCAAGCAUCCAGUGACUUGACCAAUGAAAGUGGGGAGGAAGCAGCACUUGAAAAACAAUAUAAUACUGGCUAUGUGAAAAGAACUAUUGAACGGCUUUACGGCAAAACAGAAGCUUCAUUUAAGCCUGACUAUCACAAAGGAUUUCCUUAUAUGUCAAAAGUAUUUAAAACAGAUACGGAAGGAUUCCACUCUGCAGUGGGAGAAAAAAUAGUUUAUUUUUCUCAAGAAUCUAUGUCUUGUUCUGCAGAGAAAUCAUCACAUUCUUUGCUACCAUUACAAGAAUAUCCAGUAAACACAAACAAAGAUGGCAGUAUAUCGAGGAGAGAAAAUACUUUACCAACAUCACAAUCUACUUUUAACAGAGAAGAGAUAAAUUAUGCUAAUGACUGUGUAAGGGAAUCUCCAAAGCAACACUGUCAACCUAGCAUACAAGCUAGUGAAGAUGAAGGAAUAUUGAUAGAUAAAGGCAAAUGGCUUCUCAAAGAAAAUCACUUGAUAAGAAGAUCACCACCUGAGCGGAUUGGAAUGUAUGGUAAUUUGGAUACAACCUCAAAUGACACUAACAGUGAUGAAGUUCCAUACUCUCACUUUGGAAAUCUGAAUCACUACCCAGCCCUUGAUGAAAUCUCUUCUUCAGAACUUGAAGACAUGGUUAAACCCCCUGAAAAUCUUUGCAACUACUUCAAUAUGCCUCAUAAUAGUGAUUCAGACCCAUUACAGGAUGAGUUAAAUACAAAAAGCAAGCCUAGCCGGAAUGGUAAGAUCCUUCCUGCAGAAAACAAAGAAAAGGUCAAAUCGUCAGUCAUGGCAGCUUCUACUUCCACACAGCCUGAUACCAAUUUUCCAGCUUUUUCAUCUGUAGAAUUUAGAAUGCCUGAUAAUAAAGUGCAUCCAUUGGAAAAGCCUUUAAAUGCUGAACCUGUACAGUCUCAGCCAACUGAUGUUAGUAAUGCUAACAGAAGUGCUCUUCAGGAAGAAGACUCUCUGGAUAGACUCCAUGCUAUAUGUGGCCAACAUUGUCCAAUACUGAUGGUAACAGUAAUACCAAUUAAUGAGGAACAGAGAGGAUAUGCCUACCAAAAGGCAUCUGAUAUUGAAAACCAGCUGGGUCCAAAUUUACUGGCCAAAAAGAGCAAACAUUUAGAAUGGUCAGGUGAAGAUUUAACAGACAAAAUUAAUCUUGUGACUUUGAAGAAUAACUCUAUCAAUAAGAUUGCCAAUAACAUUUGUAAUAGGUUUUAUGCUGAUAACACCUUAGAUUUUAUUAGUAACUUCGGAAUACUUACAUCUGCAACUCUGAAAGACACAAGUAAUUUAGGGAAGUUACAUACUACAGAGGAUAUCAAUGUAAAAUCCAUGGAAUUCAGAAAUUGUCAAAAUUAUGUAUCCAAACACAUAUCCAGUGAUCUUGUAAUAGGCACAACUGAACUACCCAAUGGAAAGAAAACAAUGCAUCAAACCUUAAGAAUAAGUCUAAUUCCUAUUGUUGGAGAAAAAAUUUCUCCCGUGUUGGCAGAUCCAGCAGCAACCUGUCAUUCUGAAACAUUUCUGAAGUGUGAUGCUUCCUUAAAUAGCAUUGAACAUAAAGCUUCUGAAGAUAAGAAAAAUGAAAAUGCCUUUCCUACAAAAGAAAAAGAAGAAGAAGAGGAAGAAGACAAAGAAGAAAAAGUUUGCUUUUGUAUAAUAAACAAUGGAAACAGUAAAGAUGAGAAAGACUUGUAAUGAAGAUCUUGGAAUUUCUAUAACAUUAGAUUAGUGAAAAAUCUUCAGAAAAAAAUCACAUAAUAAACUGCUGAAUGCCACACCCAAUAAGACUCCCAAUAUGAAUACCUAGAUAAAUAUA